AUAUAAUUAAUCAAACACACCACUUUUGCCCAUUAAAGAGACAACGACUAGUCUUUGUACACUAUUACCAACAAACUCUGCAUCUUCUUCCUCUUUUACUUUUCACCAUUUUACCACACAAAUACAAAAUUCAGAAAGGUGAAAAAAGGAGACAUUGGACCUCCAAGUUCCCUCAGCACCAACACGCUAUCUCCUCCUCCUCCUUCUCCACCGCCGCCGCAUCAAUGGAACACGUACAGCGUCAGCGUCCACGUGGCAGACCCCAAGGUUCGAAAAACAAACCGAAACCACCGGUUUUCCUCACCUUGGAGCCUCCCAUGAGCCCUUACAUCCUCCAAGUCCCUUCCGGAAACGACGUCGUCGCCUCCAUCAACCGCUUCUGCCGCGAAAGAUCCAUCGGCCUCUGCCUCCUCAGCGGCUCCGGCUCCGUUGCUGACGUCACGCUGCGCCAGCCUUCCCCCGCACCUCCCGGCUCAACCAUCACUUUCCACGGCAAGUUCGAUCUCCUCUCCGUCUCCGCCGCUUUCCUCCCUCCUCCCGUCUCCAACUCCUUCGCCGUCUCGCUCGCCGGACCUCAGGGACAGAUAAUCGGCGGAUUCGUCUCCGGUCCGCUCAUCUCCGCCGGACCCGUCUUCGUUGUCGCCGCGAGUUUGAACAACCCUUCGUAUUACCGGUUACCCGCGGAGGUGAAGCAAGAAAACUCCUCGGCUUCGGCGGAGGCGAAGGAAGGGAAGGGACAGUCGCCGCCGGUCACUGGAGGAGGUGGAGAGUCUUGCCACAUUGAGGGCUCUGAUGUUGUCUGGACCCCCGCCGCCGGAGCUCCGCCGGAAUACUAACCAAUCUUUACCUUUAGAGUUUCUGCUUUUCAUCAUCAAGAAUCAAUUGUUUGCUUUUAAUCUUUGUUCUUCAUUCUCUCUGUCACUCUUUAAGUUCGACAUGAGUUUAUAUGAUUCGCAUUGUCUUCUAGAGAUAAUUAGAAUGUUUGUCCCCUAAUGAUUGGUUGGUUUAUUUAAAAAAUUUCUUUAAUCCUAUCGCAUUGUUUAUUGGA